UGCUAUGGGGACCGUGGUGGUCGAUGGGAUGAUCUACGUUUGCGGCGGCUAUGACGGGAAGUCGUCUCUGAACUCAGUGGAGCGCUACAGCCCGGAGACCGACCGAUGGACGCUGGUUGCGGAGAUGAGUGCGAGUCGCAGCGCUGCCGGCGUCACGGUGUUCGACGGACGCAUCUUCGUGUCCGGCGGCCAUGACGGUCUGCAGAUCUUCAACACGGUGGAGUAUUACAACCACCACACGGACCGCUGGCACCCGGCGGCGGCCAUGUUGAAUAAGCGCUGCCGUCACGGCGCGGCGGCGCUCGGCAGCAUGAUGUUCGUGGCGGGGGGGUACGACGGCUCGGGCUUCCUGAGCGGGGCGGAGGUGUUCGACUCUCGGGGGGGGCAGUGGCGCCCCCUGGUGGCCAUGAACACGCGGCGCAGCAGAGUCUCUCUGGUGGCCUCCGCCGGGCGCCUCUUCGCUGUGGGGGGGUACGACGGGCAGUCCAACCUGGGCUCUGUGGAGGUCUACACCCCCGACCCCCCCCGCUGGAGCUUCAUGGCCCCCAUGGUUUCUCACGAGGGGGGGGUGGGGGUGGGCUGCGUGCCGCUGCAGCCCGCCUAGCCCCUCCCCCUGAGGGCAGCCCAAUCAGAUCCAUCGAUACGACGGCCGGCGCAGACCUGCACACUGACGCCGGCCCGCGGCAUUAUGGGUAAAGACUGUCCGGCUAGCCACGGAGGCUAACGCUAGCAUGGGACCGAUUCAUGUUAAUGUUGAUUUUUACUUGAUUAUGACUGGAGGUCACUUCCUGUCCCAAGACCGGAACAGGAAGCUCUGAUCCCAGGUCACUGAUCAGCUGACAGGAAGUGCAGCUGCAUGAACAGGAAGUAGACGGACACACGUCUGCAGACUGGAAAAACUUCUAAAUAAAACACUGAACCCCAAUCCACAGGUCGCUGUAUAAAGACAACAUGUCCCCCCCCCCCCCCC